GAAAAUGUAUCGCGUGUAGCAGCCGCGUAGUACUGUAGUAAAUAUCGCAGGGUCCGUUUUUAUCCUAUUACAAUUCAGAAAUAACAAAAACAAGCCAGCAGUGUAACGUGACCAAAUCUUGUGAAAUGACAACGUGUCUUGUUUUGAAAUAUACCAGCCUGGAAGUUGUCAAAAAAAACAUGGCGGCGAAACAAUAGCAUAUGGUCUACCUACAUUGUAGCAUAAAGUAUUAAUUUCAAACUGCUAUAUUGUUUACAAGGAGCCGGUUUUCUGCCAAAAAAACAGGCAUCUAAUGCCAUAAGAUGCCGGAAAUAAAAGUAACACCACUGGGAGCUGGACAGGAUGUUGGACGCAGCUGCAUCAUCGUCUCCAUCGGAGGCAAAAACAUCAUGCUGGACUGUGGCAUGCACAUGGGAUACAAUGAUGACAGACGUUUCCCAGAUUUCUCCUACAUCAUCCAGAACGGUCGCCUGACCGACUUCUUGGACUGCGUGAUCAUCAGCCAUUUCCACCUGGACCACUGCGGCGCUCUGCCCUACAUGAGCGAGAUGGUGGGCUACGACGGCCCCAUCUACAUGACCCACCCCACCAAGGCCAUCUGUCCCAUCCUGCUGGAGGACUUCCGCAAGAUCACCGUGGACAAGAAGGGCGAGACCAACUUCUUCACCUCGCAGAUGAUCAAGGACUGCAUGAAGAAAGUCGUGCCCCUCAACCUGCACCAGACCGUCCAGGUGGACGACGAGCUGGAGAUCAAGGCGUACUACGCCGGCCACGUUCUGGGCGCCGCCAUGGUGCACAUCAAAGUGGGCUCGGAGUCGGCGGUCUACACCGGGGACUACAACAUGACACCUGACAGACAUUUAGGGGCUGCGUGGAUCGACAAGUGCCGGCCAGACAUCCUCAUCUCCGAGUCCACGUAUGCCACCACCAUCCGGGACUCCAAGAGGUGCAGAGAGAGGGACUUCCUGAAGAAAGUGCACGAGAGCAUCGAGAGAGGAGGGAAAGUCCUCAUUCCAGUCUUUGCCCUGGGAAGAGCUCAGGAACUCUGCAUCCUCUUGGAAACCUUCUGGGAGCGGAUGAACCUGAAGGCGCCCAUCUACUUCUCCACGGGCCUGACGGAGAAAGCCAACCACUACUACAAGCUCUUCAUCACCUGGACCAACCAGAAGAUCAGGAAGACCUUUGUGCAGAGGAACAUGUUUGAAUUCAAGCACAUCAAGGCCUUCGACCGCUCCUACGCCGACAACCCAGGGCCCAUGGUGGUGUUCGCCACGCCGGGGAUGCUGCACGCCGGACAGUCCCUGCAGAUCUUCAAGAAAUGGGCGGGUAAUGAGAAGAACAUGGUCAUCAUGCCGGGUUACUGCGUGCAAGGAACCAUCGGGCACAAGAUCCUGAACGGACAGAGGAAGCUGGAGAUGGAAGGCCGAGCCACGCUGGAGGUCAAGCUGCAGGUGGAGUACAUGUCCUUCAGCGCCCACGCCGACGCCAAGGGCAUCAUGCAGCUCAUCCGCAUGGCGGAGCCUCGCAACGUGCUGCUGGUGCACGGCGAGGCGGCCAAGAUGCAGUUCCUCAAGGGGAAGAUCGAGCAGGAGUUCAGUGUCGACUGCUACAUGCCGGCCAACGGCGAGACCGCCACGGUGACCACCAACCCCACAGUUCCGGUGGAUAUGUCGCUCAACCUUCUCAAGAGGGAAGUGGCUCUGGGAGGCUCUUUACCCGAUCCCAAAAAGCCCCGCGUCAUGCACGGAACCCUCAUCAUGAAAGACAACGGCCUCAAGCUGGUGUCGUCGGAACAAGCGCUGAAGGAGCUGGGACUCAACGAGCAUCAGCUGCGCUUCACGUGCCGUGUGCAGCUCCACGACCCCCACAGCGACCCCGACACGCUCCGGCGGAUCUACACGCACCUCAAGAGCGUCUUAAAGGGCUACGCCGUCCAGCACCUCCCCGAUGGCACCGUCAUGGUGGACUCCAUCGUCAUCAAGGUGUCGUCGUCCGCCGACGACGUCAACACCAAGAUCAUCCUGCUGUCCUGGAGCUACCAGGAUGAAGACCUCGGCAGCUUCCUGUCCACUCUGCUGAAAAAAGGCCUUCCGUCUGGACUCUGAAUUUGCAAAACAACGGAAAACGUGACAAAUUGGAACAGGCCCGCGGGCGACUCAUCUGGUCCUUACGGGCGACCUGGUGCCCGCGGGCACCACGUUGGUGACCCCUGAUCUAGGGUGUACCCCGCCUUCCGCCCGAAUGCAGCUGAGAUAAGCUCCAGCACCCCCCGCGACCCCAAAAAGGACAAGCGGUAGAAAAUGGAUGGGUGGAUGGAUAUACAUAUAUAUAUGUAUAUAUACAUACGUCUGUGUGUGUGUGUAUAUGUACGUAUGUAUGUAUAUAUGUGUGUUUGGAUGGUGUAAGAUUUCCACUUUGUUGCCACAAAGCUGUGGUUCUCAAACUUUUUUUCCACCGAGUACCAUCUCAGAAAACACUCCAAGUACCACCACAAAGACCAGCAUUAAAACACAGUAGUGUAGUAGGCCUUCGUAUUUAUUAAAAACAAGGCGGAGGUUUUAUUUAACAAGUCUAUUUCCGUUUUUUGGCCACGCAGUUUGAACAGUAACACCAUGUAUGAGUAUAGGAAAAUAAAACACUGUACUUCAAUCAAGUGAUUUUUUGGGGGGGCGUACCACUAGGGGGAGCGUGCGUACCACAGUUUGUAGAAAAUCGAGGACUAAAAGAAGGAAAAGAAAGUUUUUAGUUGUUGGUGAGGUCAUAGGUCAAUGGAUUACAACCGACUCAUGGCACCGUUAUGGCGUAAACGCCACGCCGCCGCCGUAGUCGCCCCAGCAGCCAAGUCCUCCUGAGGCGCCUCCAGGUGCAGUGGCUGGUGGUGACGUAGUAG